AUGAUAAUUAUUAAAACCUCUAAAAAAUCUAUCAUUUUCUUGACAUGUUUGGUAUGGGUGUUGGAAAAUCAUUGUUGUCGAGCUGACCCUGAUACUAAUGACGACGAUUACAUAUCGGAAGAGGAGUGCCCCGCUUUACCCCAAAAUAAGGAUUGUCACUGCGACGUCAUGGAGACUAACACGACAGAAAUCGAAGGCCAGCACGCCACAACCACUGCUAAGUAUUAUUCUCUGAGUUGCAUUUCGAUCCGCGAACAAAAGGAUUUAUUGGAAGCGUUACGAAUCCUAACCGAUGCUGCUUCGUAUAACAUUAGUUUGCGUGUGAAAAAUAGUCGAUUUGAUUUUAUAUCGGACUUUGCCCACGAAUUCGAAAAAAUGACAAAUGCUGGCUCCAAACAACGCAGACCUAUCAAUAUCCAAAGCUUAUCGCUGUUCUACAACAAAUUUAAUAGCAUAACCCCCGACGCCUUUCUGCCAUUGGCCCAAAAUCUUGUGUCACUGUCCAUAUUCGAUAGCACGGAUAAGCCGACUCUGACAGGGCCCAAGCUUGAUAUGCUUUACGAAGCAUUGAAACCCCUGAAAAACCUGGAAACGCUUGAUUUGAUCAUUCCGGAAGAAUUUGAAUUCGACGCCUCAUACUUUGAAAACUUUCCCAAGCUUGAAACCCUUUCCCUGAUGUUACCCAAUUUGCUACACCUCAAGAAUUCUAAAGGGUUUAGGUCCUUAACAAAUCUUAGAGAAUUGAUAAUCACGAGCAAAUUGCCUUAUCUUCCGAAAUCUAUAGUCUCUCUUCCUCAUUUAGAAAUGUUGUAUUUCUAUUCCAGUUCGCUGUCAACUUUCCAAAAUGAUAUCCUCAGCUUUGGCCCAGAAUUAAGAGAACUCGAUUUAUCCAGUAAUCACAUUGAUACAAUCCCUUUCGGCACUUUUCAAAAGAUGCUAAAAUUAGAAGAUCUUGCUUUAUCUGACAAUCAUCUCGAGUCUUUGCCACCCUUAUGCUCACCGUCGCCUUCUAUCAUCGAUAUCGCUGGAGAGAAAAAUAAAGACAUAGCAAUUGAAAGAGGUGGUGUUCAUUCUGGCAAAGCCGAGAGCAAAAAUAAUAAUCUGACUCGCCUGGACCUAUCUCAUAAUGAAUUUAAGGAUGGAUCCCUUACCAAGGAGACGUUUGCCAGUUGUACCUCCCUUACAGAAUUAUUCUUGGAUGAUAACCAUCUCUCAAGCCUGCCCGGUGAUAUGUUAGACGAUUCCCGAAAUAGCCUUCAAGAACUUUCAUUCAGCGAGAAUAGGCUUAAACUGUUUCCUAGUUCGCUGUUAUCUAAACUGAAUAACCUCAUAUAUCUCAGUCUCGGUAAAAACGAGAUCCAAAAUGUGCCCAUUUUUGCUUUCAAAAAUUAUCGCAAACUCCAGUAUAUAUACUUAAACAUGAAUAAACUUAAGGAAUUUAAUAUGAAUACCUUGUUAUCGGCCAAGCGUUCCUUGAGCAUUCUUGAUCUUAGCAACAACCAUUUGAGUUCCUUCGAUUUCCAAUAUUUGGAGAAUUUCCAUAACCUGACUCGUCUAGAUCUAAGUUACAAUAAUUUAACCAGCGUGAAAGGAUUGUUAGAUACAGAAUUGAUCCAUCACCAUAUACAUGCCAUCUCUCUAGAAGGUAGACAUAUUAAUUAUUUCAUUGAGGUUUACUCAGAGUCUAAUUUUAUUAAAACUCACUCAACAAAAAAUAAAUCGAACAACAACAGACAUUUAUUUACUGAACAUUCCCCCUAA